AGUGAUUUWAGGCUCUUUCAYUGUUAAUWGUGGGCGAGGUAAUGGUGUGUUAAAUUAUUUAUCGSUCGAUUUGCUGAYUGUGGUCACAUGAUGAYUGCGAUUGUUCUUGCCUACAUGAAACGAAUGUUCUUCGAAUGUGUCACUCAAGGAGCAGCUUUGUGACCACAAAUUUAAAUGAUUCAAGAAUCCUUUGUGGCCGUAUUGAAUACACCUUUAUAAUCUUAUGCAUUUUACUCGAGAAACAUUUAUUAUUAUUUAGAAUUUAUCUUGAAAUGGAUGACAAUAGAUUCACAGUACAGAGCUCAACUUCAACACAUAGUGCUGUACAAACUUGAUUGAAAAUCGAUAUAAACCGAUUGGUAAAUGAAUUGAAAGGUUUUUUCUGUAUACACCACGUCUUGAAGGUUUGCUUUGAGUCCAAGCACUGAUCAAAUAGAUUAUGGACUCGAAGAGCAAAGMAAAAUACGAACAGGUCUUAACAGGAGUCGAUGAACAUGUCACACACUCUCUACAGGUCAACGGGAGAUAUGYCAUCCCUUGGGGAGGACAAAGACCUUCUUUUGGAUCCGUUUUUAGGUGGAUGUUUAUGGAAAGGCGUGAAAGAGGAAUAGGAAAUAAGCAGGAGCUUAAGAGAAAUCUUCCAGUAUUAUCAGUUGAUAAAUUAGCAUUAGAGCUGCCUCCCCCUGACAAGAUUCAAGUCACAUGGCUUGGUCAUGCAACUGUCUUGAUUCAACUUGAUGGUUUCAACAUCUUAACUGAUCCAUGCAUUAACACAUUCUGUGGCCCAACAAAGAUUCUGGGAAAAAAMCGUUAUCGUCCUCCGCCAUGUUCUGUUAAUGAGUUACCAGUUAUUGACGCUGUUGUUAUAAGUCACAAUCAUUAUGACCAUCUUGAUUACACAACUGUCAUAAAACUGAAUGAAAGGUUUGGAGCSUCCUUAACAUGGUACGUGCCAAUGGGGCUCAAAGCCUGGAUGAUUGAUGCCAGAUGUAAUAACGUCAUUGAAAUGAACUGGUGGGAAAUGAAAGAACAUGAAAUUAUUAAAGAAUGCGAGACUCCGUUAAAGUUUAUUUUUACUCCAUCGCAACACUGGUCUAGGCGAGGCUUAUKYGAUGAAAACAGGUCUCUUUGGGGAAGCUGGUGUUUGAUUGGUUCAAAGCAGAAAUUCUUCUUUGGAGGUGAUACUGGAUAUCAKGAUGAAGUGUUUAAGCAGAUUGGAAGAAUGUAUGGCCCUUUUGAUCUUGCUGCAAUUCCUAUUGGGGCAUAUAAACCCAGAUGGUUCUUAAAGUUUCAGCAUGUCGACCCUACUGAGGCUGUGAAGAUACAUGAGGACAUUGGGUCUGCAAUGUCUGUUGGGAUUCAUUGGGGCACAUUUCCUCUGGGUUAUGAGAUGAACAAAAAAGUCAAAGAGAGUUUUACAGCGCACAUGACGGAGAGAGAAGUUAUCAGAUUUAAAGAUGUUGGUCCUUGUGGUCCUCCCUUUGACAACGUACUGACCAAUAGAUGGCACAAACUGCUGAAAGACAAGGUAGAGAAGAAAUGGAAUGGAACUGGACCAGAAAUAAAAUACUCAUURCUAUCRUCUCUGAAURAGAAACUUGGAAUCGAAGUGUUAGUCGGCGAUUUCCCUUUGUACGGCUUCAUGUGCAGUGAAARUCAAUUGCAGCAUGAAGUUUAUUUAUGGCAAGGAGACGUUGAUGCCAUCGGCUGGUUCUAUAACAACRAAAGGGAGCAAGGCGAGUAUGUCAUUAUUGRCUGGAAGGUUAACCGCGAUCUAUUGAACUUCUGGAAAUCACCAAAGGCUUGUGGAAUGYACCUCCAUCAAUGUUUGGUAUGCGCAAAGCUUCUUCAGCUCCAAAUGAGUCUUGAUUACUUACCUUCGAUCUUACUUGUUCCCAUCUCGAGUCAUAACGGGGAAGAUAUGUAUCCUGGCCAUUUCCUGGACUAUCCAGACGAAUGUAAGGAGAAGGUGAAUAUGRACUCGAGUUGGGCAACAGAAAUACCCAGUUGUCAGCCGCAGAUCUAUUGGGAGAGAUCACUGUUUAAAAAUGCCUUUCUCAUAUUCUGCGCMUUGAAAGGUGACCUAAACGAACAUUUGUUGCUAAGUGAUAUCUUUAACGACGAUGCAAGAAUCGGAGACUUACUAAAGGCCCUUGGCGUGGAAGGUAGUUCCUUGAAAGUCAUUAAAAAGAAACCAGAAGACGACUAAUACCGCAACUAUAGUCAAAUAUGAACGUCCACAAUCAAUUCUUUGUGCAUGACAUUAAUGUGGACUUUUUAGUUACAGUUUAUAGGACGUUUAGCACUAAAGAUUUGUGAAAUAUAUGGCAUUUGCUUCAAGAAGUCCAGCUGAGUUUCUUUGGCACCGUUUUAGCACUCUAAGGAAUUUAAUUGACAAAUAGUGGAGAUUAGUAUAUGCAAUUGUUAAUCAUUUUUGACAGACAUAAGUUCGUAAUAGUACCGAACAGAUCGAUCAGUGUUAAGGAGUAUGCAAAAUAUGCAUCUCUUAAAAAAUUACAUUGAUAUUUCACGCUUUGGUUGGUUGAUUACCCUGGGGCGUUUCUAGCGAUGCUGUUUGUUUUUCAAUUCUCGAGAUUCCCACAUUCGUGCUGUGAGCUUGAUUACAAUCACUUGUGAAGUUAGGUCGGCGAAGGA